AUGUCCGACGAAGGCACUAUCAACGUUGUGAAGCAAGAAUGUCGAGAGCUGGCGUUAGAACGUGUGGUUGUGUUUAACGACAGAGCCGAACUGAAACGUCUCGUUGAAUGCGAUUUGAAACCCGGUUUGAAUGAGGUGCACGUCGAGGCGAGUUCUGCGAAUUCUUAAUU